GAGCCGAUUCCACUCAAACCGCUCAUGGUGCUGCUUUACUCCAACGGUUCUCGCAUUACGUUUCGAGACGUUUUCGACGCUGGACGUGUGUUUCUGUAGUUGGAAAGAAGUCGCGAAUCGCGUGCCAGCGCGUAGUUGUGCUCCGGAAAGCCCGUUCUUUCCACCAGCUAACAGACCGAUUCAUCGAACCCCAGGAACUCAUCCUUUGAGGGAGACUCUUGAGCGUUGGACCACUUGUGGAUUGUUUGUGUUUUUUUCGGAAGCCUUCGCGGAGUGUUUUGUCUCUUUAUGUGUGAAAAGCAAGUAUCGCUGGUACGAGACAUAAUUUGUGGUGAACUUUUGGGACAAAUCCGAGCCAAGAGCAAAGAAAUAUCGACUAACUUGGUGUUGUAAAUCAAUUAGCUAUUGGUUAGUUUGGGAAAGGAAAACAAUCGCGAGUGAUAAAAUCAAAAGAAGUUGAUCUUCUUAGUUGAAAAGUAGUGUACUUUUUGUGAACCCCGUAGCAGCAAAAAAACGGAGAGAUUUUGAAGCUCAAACCAGUGUAGCAGACGGUGAAACAAAAAAAAAAAGCAGGAAUAGUGUAGGGUGCAAAGGCGAAAUCGCACAGAUCUUGUUCUUCGCCACGAGGUAUAUAUUUAGUGGAGGUGCCUGUCCAGAACGAAUGUGCGCGAUUGCAGGCGAUCUUGAUCAAGGGGCAAGACCGUUACCAAUCGCGAAAUUUCAUCUCCUAAUCCGCAGGAGAAGCGUUGGCGUGAUAGCUGAGCACUGUCCAUUUCUACCAAUCAUACCGAACAAGGAUUUACGCCUCGAGAAGUGCUAGCCUCGAGGUGGAGAAUUUUCGAACGAGUUUCGCUGUUAUGUUGAAGUGCGGAAAGUUUGACACCAAGAAGGUUAUCUAACGAUUGGGUACAGGUUUCCGGUAACCGGUGUGUAUAUUACCAACAGUUAGUGAAUCGUCGCGAACGAUUUCGAUUAUUCAAUUACCGGUGUGCUUAAACGACUUCGGAAAGUGCCCUGUUUCGAUAGGCUGGAUUUCUUGGAGCUAGUAGGAAGAAAGGUGCUCUACUUCGACGUGUUUCAGUGUUUACGAUGCGGAUCAGUGCGGGGAGAGAAAUAACUCCACUUUAAUUAUUUUGAAUCUGGAUAGGAUUAUACUCAUACAUUAGAUCACUUUGUAAAACGCAACCGGAGGAAUCCAGCUGGAAUAAUCUUCGUAGUGAAUCAUUCAUAAAACUCAGUUUAUUUUGGACAAGUUUGAGUUGGAUAACGCCGAUCUCUUGGUGCGACAACAAAUUUCUGAAAGGUGUUCAUCAACGGAAAAUACUGCGCAGCCCAUCACCGAAAGCGGCUUGAUAAGUCAACAAAAUUCUCCUUGAUUGAUUGUCAAGCGAACCAAGCGAACCUGGAAACAACAUUUGAGAAAUGAUGUGUUGAGUGAACACACGCCUCGUAUGCAGAGCUUCCCGGCUGCCCAAGAUAAGAUGUUCUACUCGUGAGCAGCCACUUUGUGCGCAAAUAAGAUCUCAGCAUGGCGGAUACAGUGAAGCUGGCCGAUAUGCAGCGGGCCAGUCUAGAUUUUGAACGACAACGGCAUCUGACCAACUGGCUGAUCGAAUCUAGUCCGCACAUGCCAAAACCAUCUCAGCACCAGCAGAAGCAACUCAGCAAAAAGGGCAAAUUCAAGCAGAACCCAAUGUUUUUCUUAGCGAAAAUAGGCCAUAACAUGAACAUUACCAACAGUAACAAUCCCUCCAUUGGGAACAAUUUGUUCAGCAGUAACUCAAUAGCGUCAACGUUCAAUUCGCAAACCAACCUGCCGCUAGCGAUAGUAUCUUCUUCCGGUCGGGAUGGCCACAAACCGAAGCUGAGACGAUUCAACUCGCACGACACUAGCGCCAACAUGUUCUCGGUGGCCGAAUUCGAAAACGCCCGCUUGGCGCGAAGAAAUGAGCUCGAGAAUGCCGCCCUCAUGAGGCAACGGCAACGAUACAAACUGAAUUCUCUCUCAUCCGGUGGUGAUUGUUCCACGGGAGAAAGCAAGGGAUCCAAACUCAGCAGCGAUUCGAGCACCGAAGCCAUGUUCGCCGAACAGUUUCUCGAAAAGUUUUCGCUACCUCGGGUGGUGCGUCUGUCCUACACCUCGGAUGGGGCCAGCGGUGGCGGAAGCAACAGCUCAGGGGAUCAAACGAUGACUUCAUCGAGCUCGGCAGGAUCGUCGAGUACGUCGGAGCGGAAGAAAAAGAAAACGAAACCCUUUCCCAGCAGCCCAUCCAAUGGUGAGCUGUUUCUGCUGUACCGGUUCAUGCGUAAUUAUAAAAUCUUCCAUGUAUUCAACUCGAAAACUGGAUCCAAUCGGAAAAAGGGAUAUAAAAUACCACAGGAUUACCCAGGCUAUUUCUCUUUCGUCAAUGAUAAAGGAGUGCAAACGGCAACUGUCUACACAACCGUUGUCCAGCUGGUGCGGGAGCGUGUGUACAAAUUCCUCUCCCUCGAAAACCUCUCCGCCUAUACCGAAUCUCAUGACAACUUCAAUCAUAAAACGCACUACGUGAAAGCAACGGCUAAGGGAGGCCAGGUUUAUCGGCUGCUGGCUGUCUUCCAAGAUGGAGAUCACAGGUCGUCAUCUAGUCAAAAGGAUUCCGCCUCCACCAACGGAGGAAGCGUCAGUGGUGCCGAAAAGGAACGCGGCAAAUAUGCUCAACUGCUUGGGGAUAAUCGACAGAUUUACUAUGUCUCGUUGUCAGCCAAAGGGAAGUUCUACGAAAUCGAGCAACACACUGCUCCAAUUUUGCACAAAAGUAAUAGUCUCGGUCAUCCCAACAGCAACGUAAAGACCCCGAAACAACUGAAUCGAGAAUGUAUUCACCGGAUCGGGUUCAUCAUGCAAUCGGAGGUGAGCUUGCCGCUGAAUUUGAAGUUGAUUGCAAGCAUGAGCGGAACCGGUAGUGGUAGUUCUCAAAACAGCGUGCCUGAAUACAUCACUAUUGGCAAAAACAGUGUCGAAAACUUCAUCGUAGCGUGUCCAAUUGACGAACAAGAGCUCGCAUCUUCACUCACGCUGAGUAAAUUGCACAUCACGCCACAGAUGAAGUUCACUAAGUGUUCCCUUGGGUUCGAAAACGAACAACGAAUGUUUCUCAACGCGAGCAUCCAAACGGUGCUAAAAUUUUGCCAGUUCAACUGUGAUAACUUCACUCGAAUAGUCGACAGCGACACCAACUGGAUGGAACUGCAGCAGAUGAUCAAUACUGUCCAGCAGCAACCAUCGCACAGUUUGAACCAUUUAAGCAGCCCUAGUAGCAGUAGUAGCGUUGGAACAGGGCCGGCAGCACGGAGCGAUGUGUUGAAAAAGCUCACUCGACUUUUCAGCAGUUCCGAACGAAACCAGACUUCCUCCUCCGGGCACGAAAAAGAAGACUCUAUCAUAUUUUUGAGUAAAAAUGAUCUGGAGAGCCUCGAAUGUGGCCAGCAAAUACAACAGCAGCAACAGCUGCAGCUGCAUCAUCAGCAUCAGCGACUGCAGCAACAUGAGCCAGACCAGCAGCCGAUGUCGCUGGCAUCGGGAAUAAGCGAGAAAAUGAAGGUGUUUUCACCGAACAAGAAGAGAUGGUUCCGAGGUUUGCGAUCCACCGGCAGUCAGGGGCAAGAUGUUGGCUCGGAAGAAGAUCAAGAGAAAAAACAAACGAGUAUAGACCGGUAUAAGGAUAUGUCCCGGCUGAUACAGACCAGAUUCGGCGAGUUAGAAAUCGGCGAAAAAAAUGGUAGUAGAGCGAGCUCAACUAUAGCGCUAGAUGAAAUAGUAAGUUGUAACCCUGGUGAAACCGACCAUGACAAUAGGUUACAAAAAUGUUUAUCAUUGCAACAUAUUGAAAUGAAAGGCGAAUGUAAAAUGGAUAUUUCGAACAGAAACAAGCCCGAUCUUGUUAACAAUAUAAGUUUGAUCGACAGAGAGCCCUCCGAUGAUAUGAUUCUGGAAUCGGAAGAUACACUCUUUUUCCCCAUCAGAAGCAGUGCUCACCAGCAGUCGUUUAUGACACAGAAAUUAUACAGCGAAUUCCACGUGAAGACCAAACAACAUAGCAAAUCCCAAUCCAGCAUACAACAUCUGCUCAAUCUUGCAAGCCCACAACGGUCGAACGACAGCAAGCAGAAGUCGAAAGCAAACGAGAAAAAGCGUUCGGAAAUUAUACUUUCGUUUGAGGACCUACAGAGCCUCAGCAGGGAUGAGGAACUGGCGGACAUAUCUAUACGAACGCAGUUGAGCAUUCUAGACGAUCUUCCCUACAGUAGCGUCCGCGACUCGAUCGUCAUCCAGGAAAGCGAACCCCGAACGCCAUCGGAAAGUAUAUACGCUGAAAUUUGCUCCGAAAGCCCGGCCAGAACACCUCCCGUAACUCCCCAGAAACCUCCCGUCUUCCCUGUCGUCUUUCAAUCGCCACCACGUCCCGAGAAGCGAUUCACCAGCAUUCGCAUAAAUGUUCCUUCCAGUGAUGCGUGCCAGUUGGUCAGUCACAACCCGGCCGGGUCUCGUUGUGCAUCGGUCGUGGCUAGUCCCGUCGAGGAUAACAUCUACAACACUAUCAAAUAGCGACCGGUCUCGGACCAUUGCUACGAACAUAAGAUUUAACAUUUAAAUUGAACGCAAUCUGCUUCGGGCUCAUUUUCUAAAAUAAUAAGUAUCAUUAUAAUUAGGGUAGAGAGGGGCAAUAUGGUUCUCCUAAGAAAGAUACGUCCUAAAUCAUGUAGCAACAUUUUUAAAUUAUGCUACAAGUUAAACACUAUUGAUCGAUGUACAUUGUAUGAAUAAGAUUUAAAAAAGAUUUAUAUGGAAAAUUUUCACUUUUAAAGUGUGUUCCAUUUCCGUCGAUCGAAAGCACCACGGGGCAAAAUGGCCCACCAUGCGGGGCAAUAUGACCAUGUUAGUUGAUUCAAGUAUUUAAACAUGUUUCCACAAAGUGUGGAGGCGAUCUGGCGUAGUGGUAACAUCCAUGCCUCUCACGCUAAAGGUCACGAGUUCAAUUCUCACUCCCGACAUUCUACCAAAAAUGGAAGUAAAAAGUGACGAACCAGCCAAAUGAGUUGAAAAUCACUAUAAUACAGUUAAAAAAAUCCACAAAGAAAUAACGUAACAAGUUCGUAAUUUUCACGUGUGUUUCAUUGGAUUUCAUUCAGUUUGUAUGUACAAAAAAUAACAAUGGGAUCAAAGUGAUUUGACUGCUUCUUCUUCUUCUUUGUUUUUAAGAGGCUUUAAACUUUCCAGUUCAUUCGCCUCUAGAUUGGACUGCAAUUUUACGUUACUCAAAACAGGGACAGAGAAUAUCUGUGCAGUUAUGUACCCAUGAAUGGCAUAAGUAACAUUGGUUCCGUCCAUCGCCGCCCAUAGAGGAACUGUUACAUCGGUCGGCGCGAAAUCGACGUCGUUAAACACGUACCGAUUGAAUGAAGCGAUUUCAGUUUUGUGAAAUCCGAUGACCGCUAUUGGCAAAGUUUCAGCACGGACAUAUGCUUUCCCCAACAGUGCACUCACUUCAUUCAAAGUAACUACCUCUCCAGGUUGGUUUUUUAAAGAAUUUUCAAUCGCCCGAGAAAAGUGAGUUUCAAACGGUCCCAUAAAGCUCACAUGAAUGGGCUGAAGCAUGUGAGAGCAAUGCAGGGGUAAGCUUAAAACUUCAACGUGGCAUUUUCUAGCUUUGUCAACGAAUUCAAAAUUCUUGGUAUGACUACAAUGUCCGUCAACAAUUAAGAACACCGGACUGUCACCGUUGAGUUCACGUGAUUGAUAAAGUGCUCAAACUACAUGUUGAACUCUUUAGCCGCCAUCCAGUCGCUGAAAUUGGAUGACAAUAAGGAUCUAGGAGUAGCACAUUACUUAUUUUUGCUGCGCACCGCCAAUUACGAUUCCGGUUUUUUUACUUUCACGAUUUUUUACUUCUGUUAAAAUCGGCAUCUGAUGGCAACGACGAUGGAGCUCGUCAUUUGAGAUCCAAUUGUCUGACCACUAAUCCCGAAUUCCGAUACACGUUCUCUGCUGAUACGCCCCAUGUUUCACAUGCGAAAGCAGCACUGAUUUUACGUUGGAACUAAAGAUCCUGAUUUUGAUGUGGUAACUGAUCUGAUUUGACCUCCAUGACUUCCUCCGACUCGCAAAGGCAGCUCUCGCCUUCUUGAUCUGCGCGCAUAUAUCGAUGUUGGUUCCGCCAUUGCCCAGCUACUUGCCAGCUGCUGUGAAUCUAAAAGGGGUGACCGUGUUGACAUCCAAAGCUUUCGUCUUGCUGACGUUAAUUUCCAGGCCAGCCUCAGAAGAGCAUGCGGCCAGGUUGUCAAGCUGCAAAUGAGAGCGCCGCGUCGAUACUAGUGCAAUGUCAUCAGCAAAAGCAAAAUCGUUGAUGUGCUCCAUCCUAGUAAGCUCCCUAAGGAGCCCACGGUUCGGUCAACGGUGAUCUAUGAUCUCGUCGAUGACGAUGAGGAAUAGUAGUGGUGAAAGUAAACAGCAUUGCCCAGCACCAGCCGCGACCCAGAUUGGGACAGACAAGAUCCCGUUGUGUAAGAUUCUGCACGCAAAGGCCUCGUUCUUCGGUCGAAAGCUUUCUCAUAAUCGAUGAACACCAGGUAAAGGGACUCCCGCAAUUCAUUGAUUUGCUCAACAUUGAUGCGCAGCGUAGCAAUGUGGUCGUUACCCUACCAGCUCUAAAUCUCGCCUGCUGCUGUCGGAGCGUCGCAUCUAUCUUGUCCUUGACCCGAUUGAGGAUUAACUUGCACAGGACUUUAAAAACUACGCCCAGCAGCAUGAUGCCUCGCCAGUUGUCGCAUUCACUCAGGUCCCCUUUCUUUGGAACCUUGAUGAGGAUGCCCUGUCGGCCGGAAAUGUUGCAGUUCCCCAAACAUUUACGAAUAAAUGAUGCAAAAUUUCUGCGGAUAGUGCGUGGUCAACUUUGAGCAUCUCGGCUGAUAUGCGAUCAACCCCCGGAGCUUUGUUGGAUUUCGUACAUCUGAAUUGCUGCUUCUAUCUCUCGCAAUGACGCGCCUGUGUGUUGACACGUGAAGUGCGUCUCACUGGAGGCGGCUCACGCUGGGGUGUUGGUGACUGGUUGCUCGAAGUGCUCGAACCAACGUUUCAUCUGAUACCAACGACGGGCUGUAUCUUUUCCCCUCCUGGUUCUUUGUAGCUCUAUCGCGUCCCUUAUAUCACCUAUCUUCUUUCAGGUGUCCUCCGAGAUCCAUUCUUUUCUUCGGAUGCGCAGUUCACUCUGAUUAUCCUCUCUGGUUGCGAUUAAGGGGUUCUUGAUGGCAGUCCACUCGUCCUCGAAGCAGUCACCAGCAGGAACAUCCUCGGUUCGGGUUCCAAGUUUAUCCACAAAAAAACCUUUUCACGUUAGGAUCUUCUAAUCGGCGCGUGUUGAAACGACGACCGAAUUUUUUCUCCCUCGCGCUACGCGUAGACGAGUUCCUCCGAUGAGAAGAUGGUAGUCGGAAGCGAUGUCGGCACUGCGUUCAUUCCGCACGCCAAGCAGGCUCCGUCUAAACAUUCGAUUGAUGCAGAUGUGGUCGAUUUGGUUCUCAGUGUAACUGUCACCUGAGACUCACGUAACUUUGUGUGCUGCUCUAUGGGGGAAGAACGUGUCCCCAUUCACCAUGUCGUUGUUGCCACUAAACUCUGCAAGCAGUUCGCCGUUUUCGCUCAUCUCUCCCAGACCAUAUUGUCGGAACCUAUCUUCGCGUUGAAGUCGCCCAUCAAGAUCUUGAUGUCACCUCUCGAAAUCUUGUCCACGACAGCAUUUAGCUGACUGUAGAGCUCUCCUUCUCCUGUGGCUCGGCAGCGUUGGUUGACGCGUAACUCUGGAUUAUUGUAAGGUUUCGCACCCGUGUUCUGAAUCUGGCUACGAUCACUCUGCUGCUUAUAGGCUCUCACUUCAAGAGUGCCGCGUGGGCCCACACGCUAGGCUGGAAGCUAAUUCCACGAUGGUGUGGAGCGUUGUCACCUCGUAUGCCAGAGUACAGUAGUAGCAGUCCCGAAGGUAGCCGGUGUUCUCCAAAGUCCGAUGGAGCACCUUCCUUCAGCUUAUCUGUUAUCAUAGCUGUCGGAAAAAUGAGAAAGGGUGGAACAAAAUCCCCCACUGCUGACAUACACACGCAGGCCGUACUCAGCACCCCGCGCUCAGCUGAAGUUAUAGUGCCCACCUGCCUUUUUCCCCACAUUGCUAGGAUUUUGGUCUGCACCUGUUGAAUGAAGAUAAUAAUUUUUAGUUUACUUGCUGCUCCUACGGGAAAAAGAUAGUUACCGGAAUCACUGAUGUCCCACCGACGUUGAAUUGCCUUACUGCUGGAAUAUUGUAUUUUUGCUGUUCGUCCUCCAGUAAAUUGUAGAAUUUCCCGACUGCAACGCGAUAGAAUCCUUGUGCUCUGGCGGCGGAAGUUGCUUCUGGUGUCCGAAGUGAAAGUUGUGAGUGGCGCUUCCGAAAACCAGCUAACCAAUCUAUUCCGGCUAUUGGCUUUUGGCUAUUAAAAGGGUGAAAAAUACCAAUACCACUAAAGCAGUAUGUCGCACUGACCUACCUGUUUCGAUGACCGCGUUCAAGCUGGUCUGUUUACAAAUUUUGACAACUUUGUUUACAGGUUAUGUUGAGAACAUACCUAGUUGUACUGCCCCAUGCAGGUAUGCCCAUCCUGUCCCGCUCGAAAAAAUGAACCGAUAUUUCACAUAAAACGACAAAGCAGCGCAAUAAAUCAGUGGAAAUGUUCAGAAAUAAUACUAGUACGAAUUGACAUAAAGAGCAGUGUCGUAAAUUUCAGUAUGAAGCGUACAGAGCUUAUUUUGUUGCCUGAUGUUACUUACGAGUAUAUAUUUUCGUGAUAAUCAGUCAAUGUGAAAUUUCUUUCAAUAUCUUUAUCAAACAAUUCCGUUUUUUUUUUGUUUUGAAUACCGUUUUUCACGGAGGUACUUAAGAAAAGUAUUUCUAACACAAUUGUUGGAAAAUAAGUGUGAAUGGUUCAAUAACAAGCACAAACGAAUGAUGGUUCAUUUUGCCCCACCUGGUCAUAUAGCUCCCAUCUGCCCUACUUUGUAUUCAGUGAUAGCACCAAUAAACGAGUGUAUUCGAACGCAAAUUUGGAUACUGUAUUAUAACAUGCUACAACAAUUUUUAAAAUAUAACACUUUUACAAUGAUUGUGUAUCCAUCGACACUACCAGAUUAAUUACAUACCAUGACUGGGCUUCGUUACUCUUCGAGCCUAACCACAAUCAUGUAUAUACGCUCAAAAUACGUGCCUUUAACACUUCCUCGAAGCUCCCAAUCCAUACGCCGGAAGAAAUACGCUAUUCGCGCUUAUAAAGCAAACAGCAUCGCAUUCCCACAUAAAGAUAUCAUCUUGCUCUUUGUUAGUUUUAGGAACAUGAGACAGGGACACAAUUAAUUAGAGACCAGAGGAAGAAAGAAUAACGGCGACCAAAGUAUUACCGGAACUUGUGAUAAAAAAUAAAGCAAAAACGCAAUGAUUAAACUAAUUUAGAAGUAAUGCUAUAGGAACGAAAUUGAACCGUAAAAAAACAUUUUAUUACCCGCUAUUAGCGACAUUAUGUGAUCGAAGGUAUAAUCGUCUUAACUUUUUCAAAUCGUUAUCAAGGAUUACAGUGGGCAGCCCGAUAAAGCUUCCGCUGCACAACAGCGAUCUUAGCGAUUCAACUUAGAUAUGUUUUAUAGCUAUAUGUAAUGCAGGGAGCCUCCUCCUCAUUUUUUAUCAUUACGACGAAAGCAAUGUUAAUAAUAGGAUCUAUUCAAGUCGCUCAUGUAGGCCAAUCGUGUGAAAAACAAUAUUUUCUCUAAUAAACAAUAUUUAAUUCGCAUCCCCGAAGAUGUAAAUCAAUAAUUAAUACAAUAUUUAAAUAAAGCGAUGAUAAAAACAAACUCACGUUGUUUCU